CUGCAGCAUGUGCGUAUGUUGUACAGUCAGAAGGGGGAUGUGCAGGAUACAGCGUGUACAGCUGAGCUGUGAGUACAGUACAGGAGCAGACAGAGACUCUCAAAACCAUUUAAUCUCCAGUUCCUCUGGGUCGGUUAGACCAAAUCUGAGGGCCUUUUACUUCAGCAGAGGUGGAGGAACCAUCCGCUUACUAUAAUGGAUCACUUGGGUUUUCCUGCUGCUGUUCCAGAGGGUGUGGCUGUGAAUACUAAGAAAAAUAAACCCAAUAUGGAGGAUCAUGUGUCUGCAAUAAAGAUUGAAAAUGUUAUGUCCUCUAUGGAUGCGCUGUACGGAGAGGAAGACAGAAGCCAGGAAGCUGAUCUGGAAGAUUCCCAAAACCACAAGAAGCGAAGAAACCGAAUUUACUUCUCACUAGAGCAAGUGAAGGAGCUUAAGAGACUGUUUGAUGAGAACCCGUAUCCGGACGCCUACGUGAGAGAAGAGCUGAGCCAGAGGCUGGGAUUGCCGGAAACCAGAGUGCAGGUUUGGUUCCAGAACCGAAGGGCAAAAUGUAGAACACACAAAAGAACAAAGCCAAAAAGUACAAGGCGGAAAAGAGGAUAUGUUUUUCACCAUUAUAUACCUGAGACGACUACUAAGGGUCCUUCUACAUUGGCCCAAUCAAGAUCUGUGCUCUCUGCAACAUCAACAACAACAACUUGCAUGGCGCCUCCGCCAACCACUCGCGCAGCUGCCAACCGUAACGUUGCUGUACCAGGUGCUCCAACAACAAACUUGCUCCUCUUGCCUGGCAUCCCCAAUGGCUUUUCCUCUGAAACGCGGCCUCAUGUCUCUUCUCGCGCAUUUAAUACUAAAGGAUAUCAUAAAAGGGUUUCUACAUUGGUCCAAUCAAGAGCAAUGCUUUCCGCAUCAGCUGGGACAGUACCGCAGACAACUGGCACAACUUCAGGCAGUAACGUUCUAGGGCCAACUGCGCCACCAACACGUAUGCUUUUCUUGACUGGCUUUCCCAACAGUUUUUCUUCUGCUGAUUCUCGACCAAGUAUCCCAUCUAGGACACCUAACACAGAGGGGUAUCAUGAGAACGGAACCCCUUCACAUGAUGAGGAGACCAGGGAGAUGGUGCUAAACCAACAGCGGAUCAAGGAAGAGUCUGAGGUCAUGGAGAUUAAAUCUUCUAUGGAUUCUCUUCCUUUGUCUCCAGAUGUGUCCACCCCUUACUCAGAACCUUCUCCAUCUUCAGCUCCACAUCGACAACAGGGAGGCAAAGAAGGGUUGGGUGUGAGGAACCAAAGGGUAGAAGCUAGUCUCCAGGAGAUGGUAAACCUGACUAGGGAAACCCGUGAGGAACAGCGCAACUUUAUUCAGGAGAUUAGCAGCUUCCUCCAGCAGAAGUUGGAGAUGGACAGGAGACAACUAGAAUGGCAACAGCAGAUGGAAAGAGAAAGAACAGAGAUCAUGCGCGGCUACCUCGAUGCCUUUUUACAAUGUCUUCGUCGUCGUUCAGACAAUGGCCAAAACUCUUCUGAGAAACAGCCAACAUCUGACCAUUGAUGGGAAAGCCCGAAAAGACCAGAAACACCAGGAUUAAUG